GAUUUUAGCCCUUUUUCUCAUUUCCUCUAUCACUUUUUUUUUUUUUUUCCAAUUUUAGAAUUGGAUAACUAUAGGAGAAGAUAAGCUGUGGAUCGCCGGAGCUAUUCCGGUGAUCUAUUUCACACCGGUCAAGAAUCAUCUGGCGGCGUAAAGGUUAAUGAUAUUCUCUGCUCGGCUGCCUUUAAUUUUUUUUGAAUUUUACAUUACAUGGCAUUGGAAUAGGUAUCUUAAAUUACAGGUAAGAAUCGAAGAAAAACAAAAAAGAAAGAAAAGCUGAAUUAGGUUUUUCCUAUGUUCAAUUUAAAUGGGCUUGGGACGCGGGAAUGGGAGAAAUGUGAAUGUUAGUGAUGGGAACAGAAGAAGUAAUAUUGUUGAGAAAGAUGUUGAGGAACCCGGAAGGAGCACUUCUUCUUUGCCAGCAUUACAAGUUGGAGAAAAUGGGAUUUCGCAGCGUCACGAGUCUUCGAAAUCAAGAGGAUCUGAUAAUGGCUUUGCCAAUCAAACAAUAACAUUUCCAGUUCCUGAUUUUAUCCGUGAAUCGAAUCAUGAGCAUGUAGUGUCGAUGAUGCAAUCCCCUCCAACGCAAGUCAUGGAACGAUCAAGAGGAGGAGGAGCAGGAUAUGAUCCUUUAAGGAUUCCAUCAGCUAUAUUUGAAACAAACAAGACAACAUCACCAGUUGAUUGGAGCAUUGCUUCCAAUGAUUCGUUGUUUAGCCUUCAAUUAGGAAAUAGUUUCUCCAGAGAGCGUAAGCCUGCAGAAGUAGAAUUACAAGUCAGCCCAUCCCUUCCUGUUUCAGUGGCAGAUACAGAAUGUCGGGUUGCAGUGGCGGACACAGAUAACCCGCCAUCAGUCCCCAUGGAGGAAAUAAUAGAAGAAACUACUGAAACAAAAAAAGCUGAGGAGGCAACUGGACUAGCUAAUGAGACAACCUCCAAGGAUGCAACAAAGCCAGGUGAUGUCGAAGAUACAAAAGAAAGAAAGAAAAAAACGUUAGCUGCAUCCUGCAAAUCCAAAAAUUCAGAUAAAAGUGGAGAAAGCAAUCACUCUUUCACGUUUCCAGUAAAAAAGAAGUGUGCAUGGUCUCCUUGCUACUGUACCUGGCCAGGAUGCUACUGUGCCUGGCCAGGAUGCUACUGUGCCUGGCCAAGCUGCCACUGUUCUAAUUGUAGCUGUUCGUGCUGCAACUGUUGGAAUUGUAACCCCAAAAGAUUGUGUUCGUGCUGGUGUUGUCAUCCUUCCCCCACUUUGGCGGCUGGGGUAAAAACUACUUCUCCAAAAGGAUUUGCUAAGAGUCAGCCUCCGCAGCCACCACCAACCCCCCAGGCAAUUGCAAAAUCAGCUUGUGGCAACUGUUUUCAUUGUUUUUCAUGUCAUCCUUGCAGUUGUUCUUCGUGUCACCCUUGUAGUUGCUCUUCGUGUUGCCCAUCUUCUUGUCGUCCUUGCAGUUGUUCUUCGUGUCACCCUUGUAGUUGCUCUUCGUGUCACCCUUGUAGUUGCUCUUCGUGUUGCCCAUCUUCUUGUCGUCCUUGCAGUUGUUCUUCAUGUCACCCUUGCAGUUGUUCUUCGUGUUGUCCAUCUUCAUGUCAUCCUUGCAGUUGUUCUUCAUGUCACCCUUGUAGUUGUUCUUCGUGUUGUCCAUCUUCAUGUCAUCCUUGCAAUUGUUCUUCAUGCAAUUGUUCUUCAUGUCACCCUUGUAGUUGUUCUUCGUGUUGUCCAUGCUCAUGUUACCCUUGCAGUUGUUCUUCAUGUAACCCAUCUUGCUGUUGUUCCUGUCGCCCAUCAUGCAGCUGCUCAUGUCGCCCGUCUUUCUGUUGUUCGUGUAAUCUACGUAGUUGUUCUGACUGUCACCCAUGUAGUUGUUCUAAUUGUCACCCAUGUAGCUGUUCUUUCUGUGAUCAACCGUGUAGUUUUUCUUCUUCUUCAUGUUGCCCAUGUCUUUGUUCUUCGUGUUGCCCUUGUAGUUCUUGUUCGAUUCACCCAUUUAGUUGUAUUUCAUGUCCUCCUUUUAGCUUUUCUUCAUGUGAUCCUCGUAACUGCACUUCGUGUCAUCAACAGGGGAGUUGUGCUUCUCGUUUUCGCGAUUGUUGUUUUUGUUCUUGCAGUCGCUGUUGUCGUUGUUGUUGAGUGAAAGAAAGCGUUAAACUACUCUCGUUAAGCCUCCUUCCCAUUAAAUUGGGACCGCUACAGUACAUAUUUGAUGCAAUUUUCAUCAUUUCCAGGCUUGUUAAAACGCAAAUUCCAUAUAUGUAUCUUUAUUUAUUCUGUUAUCCUAGCUAGAUCAGCGAAGUUCCAAACAAGCACCCAUUAGGUUCAGGUGCAGAUUUUUUUAAUUAAUUGUUACAAUUUUGUUUGGUACAACCGAAUUAAACUCAGUUGUUCUCCAAGUUCUAGAACGUCAAAAUAAAUUCAAAGCUCUAUCUGUAUGAUGCUGGAUGAA